UGGUCAUUGGUAAAAUUCUGCUCUCAUUCAGCAAUUUUCUCUCCAGCUCUGCUAUUUCAUGGUACAACUAAUAUGGUUGGACUGCUUCUAUGUGCUGCUUCUUUGGAGUGCUCUGCUGCUCACUUUAGAUGGACUGAUUCCAAGGAAAUAUAAUGUCUGGCUAAGAACCUGUUUCCCGUGUCUACCUCACUGUAAAGGACCAAUCCCAGCAGAGCUUUGACACACAGAAAUGAAAAUACUUUCACUUUAACGGAAGCUGUCGAAUGUGUGCUGACCUGAGUAUGACACUGCAAACAGUGAUCUAUUCGGCCACUGAAACAGUCCCGAUCAAUUCAAGACAAGUAUAUUUUGUUCAGAUCUCUUCAAGACAACCAGUAUCUUUUGACACAAUGGACCCACCCAGCUCUCUAGCCAAGGCCAACACCACCUUCUCCCUGGCUCUGCUCAGAAAGCUGAGUGAGGACAACAAGACUGCAAACAUCUUCUUCUCUCCUUUCAGCAUCUCUUCAGCUCUGGCUAUGGUGAUGCUGGGAGCCAGAGGCAAUACAGCCACUCAGAUGUCAGAGUGCUUGAAAACCCAGGAUUGUCAGGAUGAUGUCCACGGUCUGUUUGCCAAACUGCUGAGAGAUCUCAACCAGCCAGGAGCUCCGUUUGCUCUCAGUGUUGCCAACAGGCUGUAUGGAGAGCAGACCUACAGCUUUCUGCAGGAGUUUUUAACUCAAACCAGGACUCACUACAACUCAGAGCUGGAGUCUGUGGACUUCAGCACCAGCUGGGAGGAAACCAGGGUCAAGAUCAACAGCUGGGUGGAGGAGCAGACCCAAGGGAAAAUCAGAGAUAUAGUGACUGGGGGCGCGGUGAACAACAUGACCAGGAUGGUCCUGGUUAAUGCCAUCUACUUUAAAGGAACCUGGGAUCAACCAUUUCUGAGAAUUCACACUUUUGAGGCUGAGUUUAAACUCAACAAGAAAGAAAGAAAACCAGUACAGAUGAUGAAACAGACUUCCUCCUUCCCCAAUGCUUUCGUUCCUGAAGUUAACUGUCAGAUCCUAGAGAUGCCUUAUAAAGGGAAGGAGUUGAGCAUGCUCAUCAUUUUACCUAAAGAGAUUGAAGACGAUACAACCGGUCUGGAGAAGCUGGAGAAACACCUGACCUAUGAGAAAUUCAUGGAGUGGACUCAUCCAGACAAGAUGAAAAGGUCUCGGCUGAAAGUGAUGCUGCCUCGAUUCAAGCUGGAGGAGGCGUAUGACCUGAAGAAAGUCCUGAGCAGCAUGGGCAUGAAGGAUGUCUUUGAUGAGACAAAGUGUGAUCUCACUGGUAUGUCUGGCUGCAAGGAGCUCUUUCUGUCCAAAGUCUCCCACAAAGCUUUUGUGGAGGUGAAUGAAGAGGGAACUGAAGCUGCUGCUGCCACUACUUGCUGUAUUGAGCUUCUUAGCUUGCCACCUGAGUUCACUGCAAACCAUCCCUUCCUCUUCUUCAUCCGCCAUAAUGCCACCAUGAGCGUUCUGUUUGCUGGACGCUUCUGCUCCCCUAAGUGAGAUCUGUGUCCUUCAGAGGAAUUACCCCACUGGUGAAGUGCUCAUCUGAACACGAAGAGGGGCCUGCUGCUGCUGCUGUGCCUGAGCUGUGGUCUGCUGUGGACCACAUGAUUCGUGGUGUUAAGCUCUGUGAAUAACGAUAUCUGCCAAUCUUACAGUGGUUUGUUAUGUUUGCUUUGCAAUAAACCAGGAACUGAGCUAUGCCCUAAAA